GGCAUUUCUGUGCGUGUGCAUGUAUGUAUGUACGAUCGGUUGUCAGUGUGUGUAUGUAUUGUGUGUUUGCAUGAGUGAUUUGUUGUUGCUGUUGUUGCUGCCGUUUCUGGUGUGGUUAGUUCUUCGCCAGUUCGCGCCCAUUCGCUUGCACCAACUCGGGAGUUCGGGAGCAAGCAGGGAAUCGAAUUCUUGUUCUUAUUCUUCUAUACCCGAAGGUUCUACGGUUUGGUUUGGAUUUCGUUUGCGCAUUUGGAGCGCUUCGACGCUAACGCUUAGCUCGCUAGCACGCUAAUUCUCGCAGGCUUGUCCACUAGUAUAUCUAUCGACUUUUACGCGCUUACGGUUCGCUUCCGUAUAUUCGUUCGUCGGCCGUUUGUACGAACGUUGCGUGGCUGGACUUUUUCUUCCUCCAAUACAUUUAAUGGCGGCGCGCGCGCAUGGAUGCGCUUAACUUCCAAAUCUAAAUCUAAACUUUAAUUCAAGACUAGAGUUUUCGCCUCGCCAGCUAAGCAAAGUGCGCACAAACAAAUAAACUGAACUGAACUGCGUGACACGACCUGUGUCUUUCGCUGCGAUUUUUGAAAGUUGCAACCGAGUGUUUUUAGUUUCGCGUUCGCAACGCGUUGUGCGUGUGAAGAAUUAAACUCAAUAUUCUUAACAAAUUCAAAUUGAUUUUGCGAAAUAUUUUCAAGCUCAAAUCAGGAAGUGAAAGCUUAUAGUGAAGGAAGUGCUAAUUUUGUGAAUUAAAUUUGUAGUGGAAAUAUAUCUAAAAACUCUGAUCUUUUGUUUUGUUAUUUUCAAAGCUUUGAGUCAAGUGGAAGGAUACACAAGGAUAAAUAAAAAAUGAAUAUUCAAACAUUUUUACGAAUUCAUAUCAUUCAGGAAGUGUAUACAAGUUUUUAUGCUACCCAUUUAAGACCCCGAAACCCUUAUUACAUUUGACAAUUAAGACUACAUUUAGGGACUUUGGAGCGAUAUUUGGAAUUAUUUUCGUAAUGCAAAACUUGUAUAGAAACCACUUUUUUAUGAAUGUGUUCUACACAUGUACAUAUGUAAAUAAAAUUUUAAGUAAUGAUUUUUUUUUAACCGAUAACACAAAUUGAUUUUUUUUUCCAAUAAUAGACAUGCUAACGUAAAGCAAAUUUGAUAACACAUACUUUUCCAGUUCGAAGGUUCAAACUCACUUCUUUGCAUUUUUUUCGAGCGAUGUAAAAAGGGUCUUACGCGAUAACGAAUUAUCUUUUAGUCAAACUAUUUAAGACAAUUUUAAUCAAAAACAAGAAAAAACCUUAAAUUCGGCUCCAUCGAAGCUAUAAUACCCUCCACAGCUGAAUUUCUUAUAGCAUGAGUGUUAUAAAAAUAUGUUUAUCUUGAUUUUGAUGGGUCAGUUUGUAUGACAGCUAUUUGUUAUAGUGGUCUGAUGUGAACAAUAAGUUCGGAGAUUUAAGCAUUAUCUUGGUCAAUAUGAGGUGUGCUCAGAAAAUAACGCCCUUUUUAACAUGCAAAAUUUUUCCGGGUUUGAAGAGUCCAGUUCUCAACAUUAUUUUUAUUAUAUUGAUAUACUUAUCGCUGAAGUACGGUACAACUUUCAGCUGUAUUUACUGCUUACUUUGUCUGUAGCAGCCGCUAAGGUUGGACUGAUGUUUUGAACUUGGCGAUUCUCGUUUUUGAAAAUCUCAUAAUUCGUUGCUUGUUCGGUAAAUGGCCAAAAACAAUAUUGUAACGAUGCGAUGAUUUCGUAUUCGCUAGACAUAGCUCCUUGUGACUUUUAAAUAAUUCCAAAAAUAAAUAAAAUCUUAAAGUGCCGUCGUUUUACAGGAUAGAUUAAAAUCGGUGGAAGAAAUCGAGUUGGAGAGUUGUUUUGACGAUGGCGAAUGUUCACUAUUUAGAAGACGACACCAUCAAUGUAGACCAAUGAGUACAAUUUUUUUCAAAAUACGAAAAUUCCCGUUGUUUUUUGUAUAUACCUUGUACCAGCCAUAUGCUAUAGUGGUCCGAAAAGAACAUGUGCCAAAUUUCAAAUCGAUAUCUCUGAGGAACUGAGGAAAACUGAAGAACUAGUUCACUUAUACUAUGCAUCCGGACAUGACUAAAUCGACACAGCUUGUCAGGCAGUUCAUUCAAACAUAUACAUAUACACUUAAUAGGGUUAUCAAUUUUUUUUCUGAGUUUUACAAACUUCGUUGCGAACUACAAAUAUCAGGUUCAAUGUUAAAAAAAAGUUUUGUUGUAAUUAAUGUACGAUAAUCGGUGUUGAAAUUAAAGGAAACAUUAAUUCGGAUAGUACUGAAAUUGAGGAUUACUAAUCAGAAAUUUUAGUUAACCUUGUAUGAGUAGCUCCGAAAUAAGCAUUCUACUUUUCUUUUUUUUGAUUGACUCUACAAUAGCUUUGUUAAUUAUAACGCUUCAGUUGCUUCUUCCUUUCGCUAGUUUCACAAACACUUCUCUAGUGUGGUCAGACGAUAUCGCAAUUUAGUUGCUAGGCCCUUAAUAUAUUACGCAAAGAAGAGUUUUGUAAUAUCCUGAGAGAUGAACAACUGUCACGAUCUCUACGCUGGUGAGUGGUAAGCCAGAAAGAGCACUACUUUCAGGAAAAUUCGGUGUCUAGUCAUAAUAUAAAGUUUACUUGAGAUCAGACUUAAUACUUCUUCACCAUAUAAAAUUAAACAAAUGUUUGAUAAAACUCUCUAAAUUUGGAAAAGUUCAGAACACUUAUUAAAGAUUAGAAAAAGUAAUCAAAUGACUCUCAGGUCUUUCACGUUUUAAUCUCCUUUGGCAGCCACUUAUGUAUCACAUUUAAUCGAAUUCCAAUCAAUGCCAAUUUUUAUUUAACUUAAAUUGCAAUGGCAUAUAUUUUUCACAGAUAUCGCCAGAUGGUUUAGCCUGUAUUUCGUCAGAAGUAUUUCACAUGGAAGUAAUAAAACUAGAGAUAACACUGCGUUUGCAUUAUUCGCCUUAAUGGAAAAAAAUUGCAUACGUCGUGAAGUUGUUCGGCUUAAUAAUAUUUAAAAAAUGGUUUACUGGUAACUUAUUUCGAGCUCUAAAGCGUUUAUUCAUAAUUUUUAAAUAGUUUUGACUAGACUCAACUGACUGAUCGUGCUUUAUUCUUUGAGUGUCGGAUUCCGAUAUUUUUGAAACAUGCUUUUGAUUAAAUUUUCUGCAAACUGAUCUAAGCUAACAACAGCCAGAUAGCCCAUGGCCUUUCUAUUGGAGGACAAACUUAAUUCUUUGAACGUUAAAGUUAAAUAUUAUAUUAUCACUUUGAGUUAAUAAGUAGUCAUAUUUUUAAAUAUACUUCUGAAUAUGAAAAUGGAGUGUUUAAGCAAACAGAAUGGCAAAAAAAUCCUAUCGAAGGUGCUGUAUCUAUUAGUUAAACAAUAAUUUCUUACAACCACUUAAUAUCCAUAGUCUUAAAGACAAGUUGUAAAUUAGACUGAAAUCUUUUUAUAUAUAUUUUUUUUAUUAAAAACAUCAGAAAAUAACAAUUUAAUCCCUUCGUCCCCACCUGAAUCACAGUUCCGAGCAAUCCGUAAGUAUAUGUAUACGCCAUUUCGCGAAUUCUCAAGUACUCGGCCAAUCCUUGUUGUAUCCACAGCCACAGAUCAGCUCAAUGAACAGAAUAUUAAUAUGGUAUGAUAAAGAAUAAACUUCCUAAUUAAUAUAAUAAUAAAAAAAACAUAAGUGAGUUAAAAACUACUAACAUAAAAAAAAAUAACUGCAAAUAAAAAAAAAAUACUGCGAAUAAAUUUAUGUUUCGUUAAUACUUUCGUGAAUAAUUACAUUUGUUUGUGCGCGCUUCGUGAACGAACUCGAACCGAACGUAAUCUUAGUCCAUGCGUCAGCAUCCAUUGACAAUCGUUUCCUAAGUGCAAGCCUAGUGACUACUAAAAAAAAAAGAGAAAAACAUUGUCCGCUCUAAGGAAAAUUUGAUUACAUCGCUGCGUUCGCUUAUCCACACAAUGUUGACGAUGGAGGAUGACAACAGCGAAACAUGGAUGUAUUCAAAAUAGAUUUGGAGCAGUCGCAUAUCCAUUCGAGUCUCGUUGAAAGCCACAACAGCACGAAUAACAGUAGCCAAACACACAAUCUAUAUACGCCCGGCGGCAUAGCCGGUGGCGCCGACAAUCGCGAACCGCAACACACCACCCACCUACAUCACCAUAACCACAACCAUAACCUACACCAAAUCGAACACCGUCAACAGCUGCAGCACCAACAGCAACAACUUUUCAAUAGCAUAAAUGCGAAUGACGACUGCGACGACGAAGAUGAUCCCUUGCCCGAAGUGAGUUUUGACGCCAAUUCCGAUUUCAAUUUGCACUUCUUCGACACGCCCGACGAUUCGUCGACGCAAGGCGCCUUCAGUGACGCUGGCUCGCUUGAAUCCGAUGCUUAUGCCACCAGUUCACCACCCACACCGCCAACACAAAUACAUGUGCUAAGAGGUGUAGAGACCCUAAGCGAGGAGUCCACAACGGUAACAGCCUCAGCGGCAGCAACAGCACAAUUACACAUUGCCGAUACGAUAAAUUCUCACUGCAAUACAAAUGCGGAAGUUAGCGAAUCGCUGAAAUUGUUGACAGAUGAUUGCACGUCCUUUUAUCAUCAGCAACAAUCAGCGGCCCCACUAAAUGGCGGCACUCCAUCUUUAGGUAUACCGUCUAAUUGCGUCGCUUAUUUGGGCUCGACGAACAAUAACACUACAACAACAUCGCAAUCCAUCAACGGCGGCGGUAUCGUUUGCAAUACUGGCAAUUUAUCAGCGGCGUCGACACCCGCCUCGUCCGUUUCAUCGUCGUCCAUAGCUUCGACAUCGCCUAUAACAGCGAGUAACGGCAGUGUAGCAGCCGUUACAGCCGCACAUAUCAUUGCGCUCGGCAAUGGUGGAGGUACAUUGUACUCCAACAGCGGUCUCCAUUCAUUCUGUCAAUCGCAUUCAUCGUCCUCAUCCGGCUGCUCUUCAAAUUCUUCGGCCGGCAGCAGUUGUAGCCACAACGGCAACACCAACGGUAGUGGACACCACAUUGGACGUAAUAACGGAGCCACCAUAUCAUCGUUGGUUGCUGAGCAUUGUCUUGGGGAGCGCCAUCAUUCAGCAGCAACAGCAACAGCAGCGUCAGCGUCAGCAACAAUCAACCCAGCGAACGCGUGCGUCGCAAUCACCAACUCUACAUUGGCUAAUGUAAAACACUCGCAUGAUCAGCAAUUUGCCAUAGCGGACUCCAAUUCCAACAGCGUUACGAAAUCAUUUGUGCCGUGCAAAGUUUGUGGCGACAAAGCGUCCGGCUACCAUUAUGGUGUAACCUCGUGCGAGGGUUGUAAGGGUUUCUUUCGUCGCAGCAUACAAAAACAAAUUGAAUAUCGUUGCCUGCGUGAUGGUAAAUGUCUGGUGAUACGUUUGAAUCGAAAUCGUUGCCAAUAUUGUCGCUUCAAGAAAUGCCUCUCGGCGGGCAUGAGUCGAGACUCUGUUCGUUAUGGUCGCGUACCGAAACGUUCACGUGAGCUGAAUGGCACACCUUCGUCCACGGAUGAUCCGAACGUCAUUGUGCGUGUGAAUACACCGAAUACACCGCAAACGCCACAAAUGUGUUCAGUCGCCUCGUCACCCUCCGAAUUGGGCUGUACGGGCCAAAGUAGUGUCGCCAACACAGCCAACACACCGGGACCGGGCGGUGUUGGUGGUAUGGGUGUGGGCGUUAAUAUGAGUGUCAGCGUAGGUGCCGGCGGUGCUGGCGGCAUGAUGGGACAAUGCGGCAAUGUUAGCGUUGGCGUCGGCGUCGGCGGUAUGAGUGUGGUCGGUAACGGUGGCAGUGGUGGUGGUGGCGGUGGCGGUAAUGUUGGCAUUACCAGCGUCGAUAAUAACGGUUGCGGUGUUGUCGAUAUGCAAGGCCCUACCGCCGAACUGACCGUUUACGAUGUGAUUAUGUGCGUCUCACAGGCGCAUCGCAUGCACUGCUCAUACACGGAGGAGCAGACACGCGAAUUGAUGCGGCGACCGGUGUCGGUGCCGCAGAAUGGAGUAAGUACAUGCUAUAUUGCCACUUCAGUAUCGGAAACAAUGGAAUUUCAGAAAAUUUGGCUGUGGCAACAGUAUGCGGGGCGCGUCACGCCCGGCGUGCAACGUAUCGUCGAAUUUGCGAAGCGUGUACCGGGCUUUUGUGAUUUCACACAAGACGAUCAGCUGAUACUCAUCAAAUUGGGCUUCUUCGAGGUGUGGCUCAGCCAUGUGGCACGUAUGAUCAAUGAUGCAACAUUGACAUUCGACGAUGGCACUUAUCUGACACGACAACAACUGGAAAUUCUCUAUGAUAACGACUUCGUCAUCUCACUAGUGAAUUUCGCCAACACCCUCAACAGUUACGGUUUAAGUGAUACCGAAAUCGGUCUCUUCUCCGCCAUGGUAUUGCUCGCAUCCGAUCGUUCCGGCCUCGCUGAACCGAAAAUGAUUUCACGAUCACGCGAACGCGUCGCCGAAGCACUGCGUGUACAACUUGUCCGCUCACGUGCCGGUUCCACACAAGCGCUACAACUGAUGCCAGCACUCGAGGCUAAAAUACCCGAAUUACGUUCGUUGGGCGCCAAGCAUUUCUCACAUUUAGACUGGUUACGAAUGAAUUGGACCAAACUGCGAUUGCCACCACUCUUUGCAGAGAUAUUCGAUAUACCCAAGACAGAGGAUGAUCUGUGAAGGACGGACGAAUAGACUGUGACGCAAGUUAAUCCAAAAGGAAAAGUUAAAACAUAAAUACGAAGCGUAAUAAGGAUAAACGUUUUGAAAGUGAAAUUGCCGCAAAAGACGAAAAUACAUACACAGGAAAGUGAAGGGGGGAAAGAGAGAAGAAAGGAAGAGCAGAGUAGAGUAGAGAGGGCUGUGGAGCUAUGGGGGAACGCUUGACCAAACACACAGUUUGCAAAAAGAGAUUUAUGUAUGUGAAAAUAAGAAGUGAAAACAACAACAACAACAACAAAUAACAAUAUGAUUACUAUACGUUUUCUAAACCUAGCGUGAAUAGUUUUUAAGCAACAGAAACAUAUUUACAUAUUUAAUUUAUAUGAUGGAAGUAAAAAUUAUUAUUUAAAAUAAUAAUAAUAAUACAAAUUGUUUAUAUAAUUUUAAAAAGUAAUCGUAGCACGAUUAGCUUAUAGGUUUUCCUGCUACUUAUUAAAAAAAAAGCAUAAGAAUAAAAAAUAAAAAAAUAAAAUGUUUUGUUGUUUUAUAAAAAAUAGUUUAGCAGAAACUCUUUCAUAAUUUGUGUUUUAUGAAAAAUAGUUACCAGUUUUAGCUAUACAUGCAUACAUUUAUAUACAUAAAUAAUUUUAGUAAAGUGAAGAAAAAAACAUUAUUUACAAGCUUACUUACAUACAUACAUACAAACAUCACGUGAUCAUGCCACAGACAAAUCUAACAUUGCAAUAUCAGCAAGAAAAAUUAAAAACAACCUUAAAUAUUGUAAAUUUAAAUGAAAAACUGCAAGCAUUUAAGGUCAAGAAGGCAUUAAAAAUAAUAAUGAAUAUUAGAAACAUAACCACAUGUGUAGUAAAACGCAUCAAUUCAAAAAUGCAACACUGACAUAAAAAACAUAACUAAAUAGUGGAAAUUUAGCCGUGAACAAAUAAAACAAGUAUUCAUACAUACUCGUACAUAUGUAUAUUCGAAAAACACAUUAAAAUUACUAAAUACGAAAAACCUAAAAAUUAAAAAAAAAUGCGCUAAAUAAAUUUGAAGCAACGUAUUUAUUUUAUUUAAAAAUACAUUACAGUGAGAGAAAUAAAUUUAUCGAUCGAUUAUCGAUUUUAUACGUUAUGCAAUAUCUUUGUUUUAAAGUUGUUAGAUAACAAAAAAAAAUUUUUACUUUGUAAUUUGCUAUAGAAUUUAUGUAAAAAGUAUUUUAAUUUUUUUUUGCAACUAAAAAAAAUAUUCUUUUUAAUGAUACACUUGCCUAGCAGUUCAUUUUACUUAAAAUCGUCGCAUACGGCCGUAAAUUAAAGAACAAAACAACCACUAUAAAUCUCAAUUGUUAAAACUGUUACACUUAAAACAUACAUACAUAUGUAUAUAAUAUAAGUAAAUUACAUAUAUACAUCUACGGUACAUAGCAUUAGCGAAUAUAUUAGCAAACUUAGCGCCCAUCUCAACUCGUAACGUAAAAAAAAAAAACUAAAUAUUGAAAAGUAAAAAAACAAAACACUUCUCGAUCAAAAAAUUUAAUAAAAUAAAUAAAUAAAAAACAAAUGUAAAUAAGUGCACGAAUAAUUAACGUAGUAGAAAUAAAUUACAUUAUGCCACAACACGAAUUCCUACGCAUACGCUCCGCUCAUAAAACUAAACCUCAAAUGCUAACAAGAUUAUAUGGACCACUAUUAAAACAUUAGCAGUAGCAAUAACAAAUGCACAUAUUUUAUAUCCUUCCAGCCAUUUGAGUUUUAAAUUUCAAAAUAGCAUUUUAAUUAACACUAAAUAAAAUUUUAUUAUGUACACUCAAAGUCAUAUAUAUAAAUAAACGAGUAUAUAUGUAUAAUCCAAUAGAAUCUCUUGACAAAUCAUACACUAAGUAUCAGCGUUUGCCUUCAUUAUUCACAAACUCGUAAAAAAUAUUUAUUUCAUUGCGUCUCAUUAAAAAUGUUGUAAAAUUUUGUAGACUUAAAUGUAUUUUCAUUGAACACUUUGUAAUGAACCUAAGGUUUCACCUCAACCACAACAUAAUUUUCACUGUUUUUUUUUUUGUUGCAUAUAUCACUUAUAUGCAUAUGUACAUUUGUUUUUAGGUUCUCCCUUUCGACAUCUUCCAAAUCAUGAAUGCGUUGACUUUCAUAACUGACCUAGCCUUAAUAAUAAUGUAUAUAAUGUUUAAAUCUAAACAAUGUGUGUUAAUCAGCACAUAAACAUAUUUCACUCAUUAAAUAUACAUACAUACGUGCAUACAUGUAUACUUACUAUAAAUAUAUAUGAUCAUUUUAUAAAUCAGCAAUAUGCAUAAAUAUGUACAUCUGCAGUAAAUAUAUUCAUAUAUCAUAUAUCAUUUUCGUCCUUCUCAUUUAAAUGAUUUAAACUAUAAGUGCCCUGUAGUUUUUGUUUGGUUAUUUUUUGUUUUAUAUAAAUAUUUAAGCAUAAUUUUAAUGAAUUCUAUAUUAAGGCCUGAGUAUAUGUAAGUGGCAAUCACAGCAACAACACUGCGCAUUAAUUAUUAUUUUGUUUGUAUUAAAUAUUUUUUUAUACAUUAUAUGAAAAAAAUGAGAAACACAACAAACUACAUUAAUUCUAUGUUUUACUUUUGCAAUUUUAAAUAGUUAAAAGUAAAUGCAAGCAAACGACUACAAAACAUUAUUAGUUAUGUAGAUAUAAAUUUUUUUCUAAAUAAAACUUAAACUUUUAUUACACAAAACCAUCACUUUGUUUUUUGUUUUAUUUUAAUAUUUAAUGUUGUAAUAAGUUUGUCGCAACAUCAUUUCAUUUGAAUUGGAACUUUUAUAUCACUUGACAGGUGCAUUUAUUUAAAGUUUAUAUUAAAGAUUGUCUGCUCGAUAAUAAGAAUAACUUAAGCGCAAGAAAAUGGGUUAGCUAUUUUUAUUGACUCUCUAUUGAAUAAUAUAUUCUAUGAUGCUAACAAAGAAUUAGUUCACUGCAAGCUACCCGUGGUCAUUGUGGCAUUUAAAUAUUCGCCAGUGCCCCUUCGAACCAAAGGCAGCAGAGCAUGUUAAAUAGCUUUUUGUUUUUUUACAAUAUACAAUGAAAUUGAAAUUUAAAAUUUUCCAAUAAAUAAUAAAAAUGAGAGAUGUACAAUUGCCUUUGCAAUAUUUAAAUUUAACUUAUUGGAAGACGCUGUGCAUGAACUAUUGUCAGCUUCGCGUUGCCAAAAUGUUGCAAAAAUUAUGCAUCUGUUAACACAGACAAUAUUUCUUGACAAAUGGAACUUCAUGUUUUUCAGUCAUCAUUUCACAACUAAUACUAUUUGUAUUAAUUCUACAAUACAAUGUUAUAAGUAAAUAAAAGCCAAUUUAACUUAGUUUUCGUAUCACCGCAUUUCCCAGCAAGAACACAGUGGGAUGUAAACAAGAAAUUACCAUAAGCAAUUAGUUGGCAAAGCCAAGUGCAACCAUGUAGGAAGCCGUUGGUUUUCAGUAAUGUACAUAGCAGAGUGAAAGAAUUUGCAAUAUAUUCAGAAAAAAUGUUAUACAAAUUUAACAAAAUUCAUUAGUGCAAAUUGUUAUAAGAAGUGUAUAAUGUUAUUACAAAAACACAUCGUUUAAUGCAAAAUAUUGUUGUUCUAGUGUGCUCUAUUUUGUAUGUACGAUGCACGCUUCCUAAAUUUCCCACCAUAGCGCGGAAUAACCAAAAAUGUGUAAAAAUGUGUAUCACAUGAAUCAUAAUAUAGUAAAAAGUGCAUAAAAUACGUGCAAAUUGAUAUACAAAGUAAUUUUAGUACAAUGUACUAUAACCGCAAGUUUUACGUGAUAAAUCCUUGGCGGAAAAGGUAUUGAGCGAAUCCGCUGCAAAAUAUAAAUAUUAGAUUUCCGGUUGUGUGCCGUGGUGUUUAUUAAAAUCUUUUUCAGAUACGUACACGCAACAUGUACAAUACAAAACUUGAUCAUCUACACAGAAAAAUAUAAACGGUUGAAGUUGAAGUAAGUAAUUUUCUGCCUAUAAAUUAUAAUUUAAUAUUCAUUUGAGCUAAAUAUUAUUGAAAUGCAUGCAUUUCAUAUCUGCGAGAGGAUGAUCUAGAACUUUUUAAACAUUUCCAUUGAUUUACACACGAUAAACACAUUCUAAACAACAAAUUAUGCAACUGAAAUUAGUACACUUCCAUUCCUUAUCACACCCUUAAUAAUCUUGUUUUCCAUAGUUACUUCAGUCACAAAGAUUAAAAAGAUUUUCCUCUUUAAGCAUCUCUAAGACCUCGUAUAUUAAGCGAACCCACAUAGGUCUAUAGACUAGCUGCAAGUUUUGUAAGAUAAUCGAAUUUAAACUGUAUAAAAAUCCAUUAUAUAUAACCUAAUCACUUGGUAGUUAAUAACUUUCUGCCUUUCAUUUUGCCUUUAUUCAGAGUAAAUCAUAAAGUACAAUUUGCAUAUAUGUGUAUGUGUUUAAACCGUAAAUUUUUAGAUAAAACCUUUGUAUUAGUAAUAUAAAAAAUUAAGUAACAGACUAAGUAGUUUUGUAUAAGAAUUUAUUUCUAAAUUUUUAAAAUUGUCGCGAUUACAAAUACUUUAAUAUAAAAUUAACAUUUAGGUCAGACAAAUAUAAUAUGACAACAGGGAGCGUACCUAGGUAUAUAUGUAUGAGCCAUAUAGCUUUUAAGUAUAUUUUAAUGUCACUAGUAGAGCAUAAAUUGACUUGCUUAGUCUAAGAAGGCUGGUGUAAUAAAUAUUAUUUUUCUAUGCAUUUUAUUUUAGUUUUGUGCGCUAAACAUAUAAUACAAUAGAAAUCAGUGCAUACAAUAUGGACUUUAAAACUAUUUAUGUGAAUCGAUAUGUAUAUGUACUUACUUUCACGUACACUUACAUUUUUAGUGCAACACAUGCUUCCUAUUAUUAUAAUUUUUUUGUGUGGGAUCUCAAAAGAAUAAAAAGGAUUUGUGUAUGUAAGUGUUUUUUUUUUUGUGAUUUUAAAUAAAAGAAAACCAACUCAAUUCCCAGUGAUUAAAUCGGCAAAACGUAAUAAAAGCAUUUUGUUUAUCAUGUUUGAAUGCCAUAAUAGUUCAUCAUCACUCAGAUCAUAAUUUUCAAAUAUAAUUAUUUACUUAAAAUAAAUUUACAUUUAUACAGUGAUGACAAUGAAUGAUCACGAACAGUAUACUAUGUAGUGGCGCUACUAUAAUUAUACUAAAAACAACAACAUAUAAGAGUGUCAAAUUUUUCAAUUUUUUAUGAAAAUUCCAUUAAAAUGUGUGAAAACGGCACAUUAAUAUAGAAUUUAAGAUAAAAUCUAGUUAUAGAAGAUGUGUUCUAGAUCUACAAUAUAUACAGAAUGUGUAUUAGAUAUGAAAAUAUCGACAUAUAUACAGUUUGGCAGUAGAUUUAUACAUAUACAUACGGUUAUCAUAACAUAAUCGGUUUUAUGGUGUAACUUAAAAACUCAUAAAAUAUGCAUAUAUAUAUAUAAUAUGUAUAUAUAAAAUAAUAUAUAUAAAUGGAUGUAUUUAUAGUCAUACAUUUAAAAUUAUAUAGCACAAAUCACUUAAUGCGUUUCCUUAAUUAUUUAAGUGUGUAUACAUACAAUAUAAAGAUGAAUUUUAAAUAACACAAAUAUACAUAUAAUUUAAAAUAUUGCUCUUCUUCCUAAAAAACAAAUAAACUCAACAUUUUCAAAUGUAAUGUAAUGAGGCAAUGUAAGGUUUUGCAGUACUAUUCUAAUCUACUUAUCUAAUAGAAUAAUAAGGAAAUAAAAAAUUAAAUGUUUAUGUACAACAUUUGCAAGUACAUACAUAUAUACUAUUAUAUAUGCGUGUAAAUUUAAACUACUCUUCGCUUUUGCUGUGAAAACCAAAAAUAAAUAAAUAAUUAAAUGUUUACUCGAUCUUGAAGUAGUUCAAUUUACUCUUUUUAACUAUUUAUGGAUAGAUAACGAAAGAGAUAAUACACUUAAACGUUAAACUUACGCGUACAUAUUUAUAUGUAUGGUAUACGCGUACACACAAACAUAAUUUAUUUACAAAUAUGAAAAAACAAGUGCAGGUGAAGCAUUUCUAAUAGAAUAUAAUGUAGUAGUUUACUAACAGCAAUAAUUAAAAUAAAUGAAAUUGUAUGGUAAUAGUGGGAGCUAUUUCAAUAAUAUGAUUAAAAAAAAUAACAAUUAUAUAAACGAUUUGCUGAUUUUAAAACCAUAAAGCGUAAACUAAAUAGUAUUCGACACAUUUCUUUAAUUCUGAAAAUUUAGACACAUUUAGUUAAAUAUAUUGAAACUGAUAUCGGCAUACAUGCAUACAUACAUACAUAUGUAGAGAUAUUGAUAAAUAUGGUGAAAUUAAAACUGUGAAAGAAUAUAUAAUAUGAAUAUGAAAAUAAAGAGGAAACUGUUUUAUUGCAAGAAACUUUAAA